AUGACUGAUGACCUUGUUGAAGAUAAUCCUGCUUUAAGAAAACAAUAUUUAACUGAAACCGAAUGGUAUGAAGUUGAGGCUAUUGUUAUAUUACUUGAGCCUAUAGCAAAAGCAACACUAAUUUUGUCAUUAUUGACUUGUCCAAUGAUGCGAGAUUUGUACAUGAUAUUUCCUACAAUAUUAAAUAUUUUAUACAAUGCAUUGAAUAGCAAAAUUCAAAUAAAUAGUCAAAUUGCACAACGAAUAUACAAAAAACUUAACGAUUAUUGGAGUGUUCUUCGAACUUGUUGUAGUGUGUUAGUUGCAUUAGACCCGAAUAUAAAACUAUCUUCAUUUGAUAGUAAAACAGCAAUAAUUGUUCAUGAGCUACUAUAUAGUAUUUACAAGCAAUAUAAAGAACCAAGCUCAUCUGUUACUGAAGAUACUAAUGAUUCUCCAAGAAAUUACUUUAGAAAACAUCGUAAUGAAAGUUUACCUACUAAUUCAAAUGUCUUGAUGAAUACCUUACAGCCACUGAAGAAAAUUGUAACCCUUUGGAAUUCUGAAAAACAUGAUCUACUAAUAUGCAUUAUUCUGGGCUUUCAAGAAUAG